AUGGCAUCGGACACGGAACCAGCCAAAUGCGACAUAUGUGCAGGGCUCCUGUCGGCACUAGAACAGUUCUAUGAAGGAAAUGAGCAGGAAAGGGAGGAUGCCAUCUGGGUUCUCGAGGAUUAUCCUCACACUUUUUCACGCAUUGCGGAGAGUGCGCGUCAGGGCUGUCGUUGGUGUUCGUUCUUGUCACGAUUGUUACUCAAAUAUGUCCAGAGUCGCUCUCCAGGAUCCAAAAACAAGAGAGAGGACGACAAGGAAGGAAAACCUCGUAUCAAGCCAAGUGGCCCCGUUAGAUACGAGAUCAAAGUCAAUGCGGUUUUCAAAGCGGGCGGAAAUGAUGGCGACAGAGGCAUCUUUUUAGAGUGCCGUGAUCUCCCCGUUAGGAAUAUUCGAAUUCGGAUCUUGGAGAGUAGCGAUUUUGACCCUAUAUCAUCUGAAAACAUUGCCAGAAUAAAUGAAAAGAUGCAGGUUUGCACAGAGCGACACAAGCUUUGCCCCAAUUUCACCAGUGGGAAAGGCCCCAAAAGACUGCUUCGCCUUAUGGAGGGCGAUGAGAUUCGGCUGGAAGAAAUGGAAGGAAAGGAGAGCAAGUAUGCGAUUUUGAGUUACUGCUGGGGAGAUGAUGAGUCGGUACGAGAUGCUCGGACUACGCUUGGAAAUCUCAACAAAAGGAUGAUACGGUUCUCCUCGUCUGACCUGCCAGCUACCAUCCGCGAUGCCGUCAGCCUGACCCGUUCUCUCGGCAUCCAGUAUAUAUGGGUCGACUCCAUCUGCAUUGUACAAGAGCCGAUUGACCUGGAAUGGACUACAGAGGCCCAGAAGAUGACGGACUACUACGGCAAUGCCUAUGUCACUAUCGUACCUGUCAUGUCAGCCUCAGCCGUCUCUGGUUUCAAGCUCGCUCCAACAGAGAUGACCUGGGAUCUUCUGCCUGGUCCAUGGUCUCGGGAGACUAACGCCGAAUUUAUCUUGGCUCGCGAAGGCGCUUCAGAGGGAAUGGGAAACAGAGUCGCAAGACAUAACUCGUUUUGGUCCUGUUGGAACCGACGCACUUGGACGUUCCAAGAGAAGCUCAUUUCCUCUCGUGUGCUCUACAUCCAACAAGACAGAGCCCUGCUUAGUUGCCGAGAAGGGGACUUUGAAACGUUGGGAGGCUGGGACCCCGAGACAAAACCUUCAGUCACCUCGUUUCUACCAAUCGACCGCUUCACCAAGGACGGGUACUCGGACGACGAAUCGUCAUGGUGGGGGUUUGCUUACCUCUUCACUAGAAGGGAGUUGACGUUCGAAAAGGACAGGUACUUUGCAUUUUCUGGCUUCGCUGAUAGAUAUAGCUCCAUCUUCGGACGUGAGGUGAUUCUUGGCUUGCGAAGAGAUACUCUCCUUGAAGGCCUGGUAUCCUGGGUACCGGAAUUCUCGUUAUUCGGGUCCUCCUUUGGUGGACUGUUCUGGAAACUUUCACGUUCGCCGCCUGCAGUCACCGGUUUACCAUCCUGGACCUGGAUGGCGGCAAAAUGGCAGAAAGGUUCCGGCGUUAUGAUGCACUUGACAUAUGUCACCGACCUCCAGGAGCCGCGGGCGCAGCUGGAGUCAAUUGACCAGCCUGAGGACGCUAGGUUGACUCGUCUUCAGCUAAGAACUGCUUUUCUCAGCUCAGAAGAGCUCUUGGGUUUGGUCAAGCUGUCCUUUUCGGAUAACAAUGACCGCGAAGGAUGCGCCCCUUAUCGAGACAAUGGCAUCGCACGAUUCGAUGACUGCGAUAUCGACGAGGUCUGCAGCAGUGAACAACACCCGCCUUCCGAUUGUAUGGCGCUGAGGAUGUUGUCGUCGCCUAGUCGGAAAAUAACAGCAUGUCUAGUUGGUCUCGGAAGGAUAGGAGCUAGCAAAGACGAUAAAAGAUAUUGGUUCUUUCUGCUUAUUGAACCUGUGGGAGAAACAGAGCCUAGUCCCGAGCAGCCGCUGAAAUACCGCCGGGUCGGCGCGCUUGACUUUACACCAGAGUUCUCGGACAAGUUUGAUCCCGGCUUGGGGGAAAGUCUUGGAACUCGGAAAAAACAAAGCAUCAUACUUGUUUGA